AUGUCCCUUAGUGCCAACCAUGCCAGCAUUACCAAACAAAAGGGCACAGACGAUAUAAUUGACUAUGACCAAUCCGGCGGUGAAGUUGUUAGUCAAAAAGACCGAUAUCAUGAUCAUGAAAGAGCUAUCCAGGGCAACGAGCACUUUCAUCGACUUGGCUGGAAGCGUCUCACAAUUGUACUCAUUGUUCAAUCAAUCGCCUUGGGUAGUCUUAGUCUUCCAGCAGCGUUCGCAGCGCUAGGAAUGGUGGCCGGAGUGAUCUUGUGCAUCGGGCUGGGUCUCAUCGCCAUUUACGCAAGUUACAUGGUCGGCUUGACAAAGCUCAAAUAUCCACAUGUUGCUCACUAUGUUGAUUUUGGACGUCUGUUACUGGGAGAGUUUGGUGACAAGCUCUUCAGUGUGGCCUUUAUCGCGUUAAUGACCCUGACAGUCGGGUCACAUUGCCUGACAGGAAAGCUUGCCUUUGCCACACUCUCAGACAACACUGCGUGCGCUCUCAUUUUCAGUGCUGUAUCCGCAGUGAUCCUCUUUGCAUUUGCUAUACCGCCAUCCUUUGCCGAGCUUUCGAUUCUAGGGUUCAUCGACUUCGGAUCUAUCAUCGUGGCCAUUGGAGUCUGUAUAAUCGCAACCGGUGUUCAGCAGGGUGAUCCAACUGCCCCCGCGUGGUCGGCAUGGCCUCAAGCCGACUUGAACUUGAGCAAAGCUUUUGUUGCCAUCUCGAAUAUUGCCUUCGCCUACGCAUUCGCAGCCUCUCAACCGUCGUUCAUGGAUGAGAUGCAUACACCAGAAGACUUCACUAAGUCUAUAUCUACAUUGGGCAUAGUGCAGGUCACUAUCUAUACAUUGACUGGGGCAAUUAUUUAUGCGUUCGUCGGACAGGACGUUAGCUCUCCAGCAUUGCUAUCUGCCGGUCCCCUUUACGCCAAGGUUGCAUUUGGUAUCGCCCUACCGGUGAUCUUUAUCUCGGGGUCUAUCAACACAACCGUUGCCUGUCGCUAUAUCCACGGCCGCAUGUAUCAAAAUUCUGUUGUCCGUUAUGUGAACACUACGAAAGGAUGGGUGACUUGGUUGACGGUUGUUGCCAUAAUUACAAUCUUAGCAUGGAUCAUCGCAGAGGCUAUUCCAUUCUUCUCUGAAUUACUUGCUAUUUGUGGCUGCCUGCUCGUUUCUGGCUUCUCCUUCUAUGUUCCUCCCAUCAUGUGGUUCUUCCUUUUGAAGGAGGGAAGCUGGCACGAGAAGCACAAUAUCCGACACGCAAUUUUGAACCUACUGGUAUUCCUCGUUGGUAUCUGUAUCCUCGGAUGCGGUCUUUAUGCAAGCAUUACUGGAGUUAUGUCUGCAUUCCAAACUGGUUCCAUAAGUAGACCGUUUUCCUGUAGUGCUGGGUAG